CCGUUCCUUAGCUCUCUCCUCCUUCCAAGUUAGCGAAGAAAACCCUCCCCCUCCUCCAGAAAAGCCGUUUAAAACUGCAUCCCAGAGCAGAAAGGAAUUGAUUGUGUUUUGCUUUAGUGACUGAGUCAUCCAAAUAGCCAUCCAGCAGACAUUGGCUGAAACCCAUCCACAAGUGAUUGUGGAACCUAUCCACAAGCUCCUAAAAUAGAAAGAAUAUUCCAGCAUGACAUUAAGAAGUGAAGACUCUGUGUAUCAAGUGAUAAAGGUUUAAGCACAACUAACUCCUUGUGUAGAAUUUGAAGAAAGCAGACAGCCUGGGUUCUGAACAGGUCCUGCUCCCUUACCACCAUGAAGUCUCCACAGAUAGCUUCACUGUCGUGGGGUCGGAUGAAGGUACAGGACUGUCCCACUGCCUAUAAGGAUUGCAAGGUCUGGCCAGGCGGGAGUCGGCCCUGGGACUGGAGAGAGACGGGUACAGAUCACCACCCUGGAGUGCAGGCAUCUGACCUGGAGGAAAUCAUUAACAAGGGGAUUGAGACACUAGUUAUCGGCUGUGGAAUGAGCCAGGCUUUGCAGGUUCCCUCCAGAACUCUAGAUUACAUUAAGAACAAAGGCAUCGAUGUGAAAGUCCUUCAAACAGAGGCAGCCGUGCGAGAAUACAACUCACUGGCCAGUAGUGGUGCACGAGUAGGAGGGGUCUUCCAUUCCACUUGCUAAGGCAGCCACAUGUAUGGCGGCAACUUUAAAAUCAGUUGGAGACAUAAAUAUACAACAUUAAGUCACAGUACAGGCCCUUCAGCCCAUGAUAUUGUGCUGACCUUUUAACCUACUCUCAGAUCAAUCAAUCCCUUCCCUCCUACACAGCCCUCAAUUUUUCUAUCAUCCAUGUGCCUAUACAAAAUUAUGAGGAAUAUAGAUAGGGUAAAUGCAAGCAGGCAUUUUCCACUGCGAUUGAGUGAGACAAUAUCUAGAGGUUGUAGGUUAAGGAUAAAAGGUGAAAAGUCAGGGGCACAUGAGGAGAAACCUCUUCACUCAGAGGGUUGUGAGAGUGUAGAACGAGCUUUCAAGUUGGCAUGCAGGCUCAAUUUCAACAUUUAAGAGAAGUUUAAAUAGGUACAUGGAUGGGAGGUGUCUGAAGGACUGUGGUCCAGGUGCAGGUCGAUGGGAGUAGGCAGUUUAAAUGGUUUGGCAUGGACUAGAUGGGCUGAAAGGCCUGUUUCUAUGCUGUAGUUUUCUACAGUAUGAAUCCAUGACUCUAUCUAAAAAUUUCUUAAAUGCUGCUAACAUAUAAGCUUGAACAAGUCUUAUUCUAAUCCUCAUUAAGUGAAAUCGGAAUAAAUUGGUUUCAAAAGCCUUGCUUCUGUUAUGCCAUUGGUAUUGUGUGCCGUUUGAGUUACUGGCGUAUUACAUUACAAGCAGACAAUUGUGACGAUCGUUUCAAACCAGAUUGUCUGCUUUUACUGUUGUCACUGAUACUUAGGUUCAUUCUGUUUUCAGUUGCUGAUAUUUAAAGUGAAUCUUGCUCGAGUUUCCAUUUCCAUCCUGGGAAAAUGUCUCUGCUGUCCAUUCUGUCAAUACCUCUUAUCAUCUUUUAUACCUCUAUCAAAUCACUCCUCUUCCUCUUUCUCACCAAAAAGAAAAGCCCUAGCUCACUUACAUAUCCUCAAAAGACAUGCUCUCUAAUUCAGGUAGUAUGCUGGUAAAGACCAUCUACACCCUCUAAAGCUUCCACAACCUUCCUAUAAGAAGGCAGCCAGAACUGAACACAAUACUCCAGGUGUGAUCUAUCAGGGUUUUAUAGAGAUGCAGUAUUACCUUGUGGCUCUUGAAGGCUAGCAGCACAGACACCUUAUCAACUUGCACAGCAACUUUGAUGUGAAUCCCAUGAUCACUCUGUUAAGAAUCCUGCAAUUAACCCUGUAUUCUGUCUUCAAGCUCCAAAGUAAAUCAUUUCACACUUAAGUACAACUUCUCCUCCUCCACCAUCAGAUUUCUGAGCAGUUCAUGAACCCAUGAACAUUACCUUGUUAUUCCUCUUUGGAACUAUUUUUUGUAACAUACAAUUAUUUUUUGCUUUUCACUGUACUGCUGCAAAACAAUCUAUUUAAACGGUAAGACCUAGGCCAUUUGGCCCAUUCCAUCAUAACUGAUUUAUUAUCCCUCUCACUCCGUUCUCCUGCCUUCUCCCCAUAAUCUUUGAUCAAGAACCCAUCAACUUCCACUUUAAAUAUACUCAGUGCCUUGGUCUCCACAGCCGUCAGUGGCAAUGAAUUCUAUAGAUUCAUGACCCUUCUCAUCUCUGUUCUAAAGGAACAUCCUUGCAGUCUCAGGCUAUCCCCUUUGGUUCUACACACUCGCAGUAUUGAAAACAUCCUCUGCAUGUUCCCUCAUAUUAGCCCUUUCAACAUUCGAUAGGUGUCAAAGAGAUCCCCACUCAUUCUUCUAAACUCCAGCAAGUACAGAUCAAGAGCCGUCAAACUUUCCUCAUACAUUAGCCCUUUUAUUCUUGUGAUCUGGACCCUCUCCAAUGCCAACACACCCUUAGAAAGGGGCCCAAAACUGCUCACAAUCCUCUAAAUGCAUUCUGAUUAAUGCCUUAUAAAGCUUCAGCUUUCCAUCCUUUUAUCUUCUAGUCCUCUCGAAAUGAAUGCUAACAUUGGAUUUGCUUUCUUAAAUUUCAUAUCUUAAAAGUUAGUGGUAAUAAAUCUUAUUCUGACUCAGGAUCAUCUCACUUACCAUUUAUUAUUACUCAGCAUUUAUAGUGACUAAAUGCUUUAGGCGUCUGUCACGUGGGAUGUAAUUGGGUGGCGUGGGACUCUUUGGGUCUGUUACUGUGCUGUAUCUCUAAAUAAAAGAAAAUAAAAAUGCAGACUGCC